AUGGGUUUUUCAACAACAAUAGCAAGAGAUCCUGUCAACAAAGUAAUUGGUGACUCUAGUUUAAAAGGCAAAUUUGACCGAAAUCCCACUGAUAUCGACGAACAAUCGCGAAUUCGUAUUCACUUGAAAUAUGUCGAAAAUUUCAUUCGUAAUCAGUCAUCAUUAUCAUUGAUGAAAUGCAAUGCAUUAGAUUAUCUCAAUGAGUAUUGGACGCAGGGUCAAUUUCCAGCACAUAAUCGGUAUCAACAAGAAGGAAGACAACAACAACGUUCACCACGUUUUAUUGAUCAUAAUGGUGUGCAUUGUGCUGUUGGUUAUAUGAUAUUGAAAUCACCUGGCUUCGAACAUUUACCAAAUCAAAUCAAUACAUACUAUGAAUAUUCCUUCAUUGAUGAAAUCGGUAACAGUAAUAAUAGUGAUUUGACGAAAUGGAUGAAUAUGUAUGAAUUCAAUCUGAACGAAUUAGCGAUGAUUCAACCAACUUAUGAACACAUGCGUAGACCACAAAAGAAAGUAUGGCAAGUGCCACAGCUACAGCCACCUACGCCUAUGGCCUCGGAAAUGCCUCAAGCUUCUGAAAUUCCUCCAAAAGUCCCCGAAAUGUCUCGUGUGCGUGCUUUCUUCCGCCGUUGCUUCGAUUUUUUUUCUUAA